AUGUAUGAGAGCAUCAUCAUCAUCAAGAAGCAAUUGGAGAGUCAAACCCCACUUACAACAUUAUACAGUGAAAGUGUGAAAACAUUUACCGGAGGAUUUGUAGUUGUAGGAUACAUGUAUCCAGCACCACCUGAUGCAAACAAGCCAUUUGACUUUCCCAUUUCCUCUCUUCACCGUAAGCUUCCUCAAGAAGCUAAGAGGAUUUUUCCCUUCUUCAUUCUCUUACCCGUCGGUCCCAAGGCACACGGAGGAGAGAAAACUUCUCUAGUCUCCUUCAUUCACACGAAGAACCCUUCGGUUUCCCCUUUCCCAACUGCGCGACCUCUUCUUCUCCUCAAGCUGAUUCUCCCAUUUCGUAAACCCAGGUUUCCACCGAAAGCCUUCAAGGAAACUUCAUCGUCUUUGAGAUUUUUGGGAUUUCUCUUCCCUUUCGCAUCUGCUGUGUUUCCGUGGCUUGAAAAGGGGAUGAAAUCAGGUAUGAAUGAUGAAAAGGCUGGGGAGCAAGGCAUUACUGCAGAGGGAGAGGCAGACGUUUAGGACCUUCCCUAACAAGGAUAGUUAUGUUACGAAUGAUGGGUUAUGUUAUGUAUAGAUAUUUUAAGUUGGGAUGGACUCUGAGAGUCUCUUAUAGAUGAAUGUUCGAAUAGAACGUCCAUUAAGUGUUCCCUUUUAUUAAACGAAAAAUUUGGAGUGCAUGUGUGUCAUUUCCAUGCCGAUCACAUGUUAUAAGAAAGAAAAGAAUAGCCAUGUAAGUCAGGAUUCCGUCCUUCCUGGGACGGGGUCGUGACAUGUUUACUACUUUUGAUUAUAUUUUACUUUAUUUACUUAAAAAAAAA